AUGCAUUUUGGAAGGAAUUGUGAAGGAAAGUCUAUAUGUUUUGAGUGCAAGAAACCUGGGCACAUUGCUAAAGACUGCCCUGAAACGACUAAGAAGAAUGUGAAGGAAGCUGGAUAUAUAAGAACACAAACUGGACCAAGCAGAUUCGGAAUGAGUAAUGCAAAAGGGAACCAAGGUGCAUCGACUUUCAAUCGCAAUAAUCAAAGAGGAUCGUAUGCCAAUCCAGGGAAGGUAGCUGGAAGAAUGUAUGCCAUGGGCACUGAAGAAGAGGCACAACCCGAGUUUGUCGAAAAUGAUAAUCUGGAUGCCAAUGGAAGCGGGGAGGCUGAACUUGUUAAAGAUGGAGGUAAUGUAAUCUCCGGAACUUUCCUUGUGAAUUAUGUACCUGCAUAUGUUCUUUUUGAUUUUGGAGCAUCCAACUCCUUUAUAUCCCAUUCGUUGCUUAAAAGAUUGAAUCCAACCCCAAAGCAGUCAAAAAUUGACUUAGCAAUAGACCUUCCUGAUGGUUUACGAGUUAAGUGUGAGAAUUUAUGUAAAGAAUGUUGUAUAAAGUAUAUUUUUGAGGUAAUUCGAUACUCUCUUCCUUAUAAUUUGAGAAUGUCAUGGUAA